CUUCUAUGACAUUUCAACAUUUAACCUUAAAAAAAAUAUUGGUUAUAAAUUUAUUUUUUAGUGAUUAAUUAAUAUUUUUUAAGAAAUAUUAUUUCCAAUUAAUAUUAUUUUUACAAUUAGAAGAAGUUUCAGCUAAUAUGAAAAUAUUUACUAGCCUUUUUGUAGCCAGACCAAUUCCCAAGGAGCCAGUACCAUUCAAAGAAAUUUUACCCUUAAAGCUAAGAAGUGCCGUUUCGGGAAAAGGUGGAAAGACUUCCGAUGUAUGUUGUAUUUACGAAAUGUCCGUAAUGUUUUCAUGUUUUAAAGAAAAUGAAUUUAAUCAAUCGGUCUGUUCAAAGGAAAUUGAAUCUUUCCAAAAAUGUUACAAAGGCCAUUUAGAUACAAAGAAAAUCAAGCAGCAAAAAGAAGCAAAAGGUGUAUUAAUCCCCGGAGAAAAGGAAUUGUCACAUAAACAACUUAAUACAUUGUUAAAAAAGUUUCCAAAUGUUAAGUAGUUCUGUGUUAAUAAACUGUUGUAUAACCUUUUGAAAUACCACAAUGCUUUACCAUAGUGUUUGAUAAAUAUCCUUGGUGGUCAAUUUCACUAACAGUUUUGGAAUAUCAAAUAUAUAUUCAAAAUAACUAAUAUUUACAUAUGUAACUACCUACUAUAAAAUAGAGAAUAUGAAAUUAGCAUGUUGUAAAAAAUAUAUUAUUGUGUUAGUUAUGAUGUUCGUUAUUUUUUUAUUAAAUAAUUAUACAGAAUGUUUCUUGAGUACAUGUAAUUAAAUUAUGUACUUAGUUAUUUGUUCAUAAAAGACAUAAUUUAUUUAAUAUGCAUAUAGUAAAAUCUCUGUUAACCGAAACAUCGGUUAACCGAAAUGGCUGACAGGUUUCAAUAAUUUUGUCAAUAAAACGUAAAUUUAAAAAAAGCAAUAAAAUUAACGAAAAUGAA